CCCACCUUUCUUCUAUCGCCUCCCCCAUUUCAUUUUCGACUCUUUCUUCCUUGCUUCCUUCCAUUUUCUCUCUCAUCCAUUUUUAACCUGCAACAAUGAGGUCCCAAAUCCUGAGAUCCGUCCAAUCAGUUGCUCGCAAAUCCAACUACACCCGCAAUUAUGCCUCCGCCGCUAGUCCCGAGCGCAAAGUCACCAUCCUCGGCGCCGCCGGUGGCAUCGGCCAGUCUCUCUCCAUGCUUAUGAAGCUCAACCCUCUUGUUUCCACCCUUUCUCUUUACGAUCUUGCUGGUACUCCUGGUGUUGCCGCCGAUGUCAGCCAUAUCAAUACUCGUGCUCAGGUUUUUGGUUAUGCAGAGGACAAAGAAUUGGGCAAGGCACUUGAAGGAUCAGAUGUUGUUAUAAUUCCUGCCGGUGUGCCUAGGAAGCCUGGUAUGACUCGCGAUGACCUCUUUAAAAUCAAUGCUGGUAUCGUGAAAAAUCUCUGCAAAUCUGUUGCCAAGUACUGUCCUAAUGCUCUUGUCAACAUGAUUAGCAAUCCCGUGAACUCAACAGUUCCUAUUGCAUCUGAGGUUUUCAAGAAUGCUGGAACUUAUGACCCCAAAAGGUUGUUUGGUGUGACAACCCUGGAUGUCGUUAGGGCUAAGACUUUCUAUGCUACAAAGGCUGGCCUUCCAGUUGAAGAGGUCAAUGUGCCUGUUGUUGGAGGUCAUGCUGGCAUAACCAUUCUUCCAUUGUUUUCUCAAGCUCACCCACAAGCCAAUCUUUCCAACGCUGACAUUCAGUAUCUUACAAAGCGAACACAAGAUGGAGGAACAGAGGUGGUUGAGGCUAAGGCUGGAAAGGGUUCAGCAACAUUGUCUAUGGCUUAUGCUGGAGCCAUAUUUGCCGAUGCCUGCUUGAAGGGACUUAAUGGUGUGCCAGAUGUUGUGGAGUGUUCUUACGUAGCAUCAACUGUCACUGAUUUGCCCUUCUUUGCUUCUAAGGUAAGAUUGGGGAAGAAUGGAGUGGAAGAAAUAUAUGGAUUGGGCACUCUAUCCCAGUAUGAGCAAGAAAGUCUAGAAAAACUCAAGGCUGAACUUAAAUCAUCCAUUGAUAAGGGAAUUGAGUUCGCCAGCAACGAAUGAGAGUUGCGAGAACAUCCCUCUUUUGUGUAGAGGUGAAUAUAAGUCCUUGUUUUAGGAAUUGAACCAUUUAAGAUUUUUAGUUGGUUCCGGCUCUUUAAACUAUAUAAUUUUGCUCGCUGCCAUGUUGUAUUGAGUGUGGCACUAUUUGAAAAUCUCCCAAAUGCUCGCCGUUUUUUGUUUCGGCUGGAUUCAAAUGUCAAUAAAGAAUCGUGAACCUUGCCAUUUGUUGGGUUUAGUUCUACUAUCAAUAACCUUCUAACAAAA